AAGGGAGAUCACUCUAAAAAAGUUAUACAUUUUUAUAACAUGCCUCGCUUAACAAAUUUUGUAUUAGCUAAGCACAAACGUGCAUUUGGCUAUAAACCUGAUCCUCGCCGUUAUAAAGUAUGGAACGCACCGUUUAUUGUAAACAACAGACUGAAAAUGGCGUCAGACAGAUUGGCAUCAGAGCGACCUUGUACAGAUGCCCUGAAGAUUAUGCUAGACUGCUAUAAAAUGCAUGAUUUCAGUUACAAAGGGUUAUGUGAUACGCAAAUUCAAGCUUUCGAAAAAUGUAUGACAGAUCACAAGAAGAAGCUAGCUGAGAGCGGUGAUACUUUCAAAUCCCGACCAAAUACAAGGACGAUUAACAAAUUAUUAAAAAAUGUUCCCCAACCACCAAUUACUCUGAAGCUAAAACAUUGACGAAGAGAGUUGUACCAACUUUAUUGAGUGUGUGACUAAUAUGUGGCCUGACGGUUGGUAGUAUGUGUGCAUGAUUGUUCAGUAGAUUGAUCAGACGACGGUAUCGUCAGACGUCAGACAUCCGGAGGAAUUCUGCUUGUGGGAAACUGUACCACUGCUAGGUCAGUUGGUGACAGAAACAUGUUGACAUUAAAUGACAAUGACAUUUUGUGAAGAUUUGUUAAUUCAGGUCUUUACCUGUCAACAUACACUUAUGUACCGAGUAAAGAGUAUACGCCUUUGUACAGAGUGAGAGUAUACACAAUAUACAGAGUGAGAGUAUACACCUUUGUACAGAGUGAGAGUAUACACCUUGAACAGAGUGAGAGUAUACGCCUUUGUACAGAGUGAGAGUAUAUACCUUUGUACAGAGUGAGAGUAUACACCUUUGUACAGAGUGAGAGUAUACACCUAUGUACAGAUUGAGAGUAUACACCUUUGUACAGAGUGAGAGUAUACACCUAUGUACAGAGUGAGAGUAUACACCUAUGUACAGUGAGUGUAUACACCUAUGUACAGAGUGAGAGUAUACACCUAUGUACAGAAUGAGAGUAUACCCCUAUGUACAGAGUGAGAGUAUACACCUAUGUACAGAGUGAGAGUAUACACCUAUGUACAGAGUGAUAGUAUACACCUUUGUACAGAGUGAGAGUAUAUACUUUUGUAUGGAGUGAGAGUAUACACCUAUGUAAAGUGAGUUUAUACACUUAAGUACAGAGUGAGAUUAUACACCUUUGUACAGAGUGAGAGUAUACACCUAUGUACAGAGUGAGAGUAUACACCUAUGUACAGUGAGUGGAUACACCUAUGUACAGAGUGAGAGUAUACACCUUUGUAUGUACAGAGUGAGAGUAUACACCUAUGUACAGAGUGAGAGUAUACACCUAUGUACAGAGUGAGAGUAUACAUCUAUGUACAGUGAAUGUAUAUACCUUUGUAUAGAGUGAGAGUAUACACCUAUGUACAGUGAGAGUAUACACCUAUGUACAGAGUGAGAGUAUACACUUUACACUAUUGUAUAACUCUCUGGUGAAGUAAAUAGUGUUACAUUUAUGUACUAUCAGUGUUACAAUUUAGGAACCUCAUGCUGCCAGAUUGUUCCUUUAAGUUGCAUGCAUUCACCAAUUAACUUAAAUAUGCAUAGUUGAAUAAAAUACAACAAAUGUUAAUUUU